CUAUUGUUGAUUAGACCGUCUAUGUUGAACAGCAACAUGCAGAGACGAUCUUCCCUCUGAGUCGUGCUAUGUCGGAUUUGAACGAAUUCAUUUUCACGGUCGUAGAAGUGUCUGGAUUCAAACGUGGAAUUGCAUGGAGAGAGAAGGGGUGGUUUUGAAAAGAUCCUACUGUAGACUGGAGCUCAUAGGUCGCAAAGUUAAUCAGAGGUGAAAAGGGGAGCGGAGCGAGGCUGGUUUCCAUCACUGACGUACGUUCCCCUUUCAGAGGGCUGAACUGUGGAAGUCUCCAAUUUGACGCGAGUUCGACUCCGGGGUGUGUGAGCAAGCAUCUGGCGGAUCAUCAUCAUCAUCAUCAUCAGGUGAAAAGGACAAGAUACAUUCAAAAUGGGUACUACAGUGGGGCAGUUUCCCGUCGUGACGAAGAGGGCCGUCGAUGUAAUCGAGGGUCACGAGACAACUGUGCUUCUGUCGGGAUACGAGGAUCGGAUCAUGGUGAUGGUUUCCCAAAUAGGAAAGUUAGGAACACUAUUAUUUGCCAAGCGAGAAGAAAUCUAUGACGGUCCUAAGGCGUUCCAAGUCGAUACCAUUUUAGGAAAGAGAGAUGAACCCAUGCUCACGGUCUGUGCACGCCAGCUGAUUGAGAAGAUCAGCAUGGCAGGUUCUCGGUGGGCUCACCUGCCAUUGCUACUCUCCAUCUCCUUGAAGGACCACUCCCCAGCCAUGAUCAAGGGGGUCAUCGCGUUCGUUGAAGAAAAUCGGAUCUGGUAGGCAAACAGGGGAUCGUUCUCAAAAAGCACGCGCGCGCGCGCGCGAGAGAGAGAGAGAGAGAGAGAGAGGAGCAGUGAGUCACACACACACACACAGAGAGAGAGAGAGAGAGAGAGAGAGAGAGAGAGAGAGAGAGAGAGAGAGAGAGAGAGAGAGAGAGAGAGAGAGAGANAGAGAGAGAGAGAGAGAGAGAGAGAGAGAGAGAGAGAGAGAGAGAGAGAGCUGCUGCAGAGAGAGAGAGAGAGAGAGAGAGAGAGAGUGAGAGAGAGAGGAGCAGUGAGUCCAACCCCGGCGUAAUUUGGUCUCGGAACGUUGAUGAUCAGCAAAUGAACUGUGCUUUACAUG